AAGCACACACACACACGCACGGCGGACACGCUUGCUCACGUACACGCGGCUGCAAAGACUGGCUUCUCAGCACGCAAGGCACGCCGGCCGUGUCCGCAGACAGAGCGUCUCUUCUUAUCUCUUCUCUUGUCUGGCUUCUCCCGCCCGACCCCAGCUGUCACCGCACGUGCGAUGCCGCCCAAGGGAGCGUCUGUGGCUUGACGCCAGUGUGGCUUAGCUCGAGCUCUCGCCGUCCACGCAACCGGAUCAGCUUCACGUCGACCGUGUCUGCCAUUCCAUUCGUGCUCGGCGCCCGCGAACGACGAGCACAGCGCAAGACCACGACCCAGAGUAGGAUCGAGAGCAGCGUCGAGAGCCUAGGCACCGUGCAGACACGCACAUCGGCAGGAAGGGCUUCCCCUCUGGCCUGUGUCGAUCAUCAACCACAUCAUCACCGCCGUCACCACAACCACCACCACAGCUACUGCGAGCCGCACCAUCAACCUUCCCUCGCGCACCCCCGUCUCGCAAUGGACAACGAGUUCUCGCCGCCGUUUUCGGUCUUCUUCUCCUUCGCCGGCAUCUCUGCCGCGAUGAUUCUCGGAUGCGCAGGAGCUGCGUUCGGCACUGCCAAAAGCGGAAUUGGCAUCUCGGGCAUUGGCACCUACCGCCCGGAUCUGAUCAUGAAGUCACUGAUCCCCGUCGUCAUGUCCGGUAUCAUCGCUGUCUACGCCCUCGUCAUCGCCGUCCUGAUUGCCGGCAACCUCAACCCGGAUUCGUACAGCUUGUUCAACGGAUUCAUGCAUCUGGGCUGCGGUCUGUCCGUCGGCGGCGCCGGUCUGGCAGCUGGCUACGCAAUCGGCAUCGUCGGUGACCACGGCGUUCGCUCGUACAUGCAGCAGUCACGCAUCUUCGUUGGCAUGGUCUUGAUUCUCAUCUUCGGCGAGGUCCUCGGUUUGUACGGUUUGAUCGUGGGCCUCAUCAUGAACACACGAGCACAGGCGUGAGUACGUCCAAGCGUUAGGAGCGAGAGGAGGAACAAAGUCGAUGGGGAGUCCGACAACGGGGCCCAUCGUCUGUAACUACACGUACACGAAGCUUUUUGCGAGCAUUGGGACUGGCGUUAUGGUCCUCCAGAAAGAGCCGCGGCAAGAGGAGGAUGAAUGGACCAGCACAAGCUGGUAGCUCCUCGAUCUAGAUCAAAAUUUGUAAGACAUGGAAUUUGAGUGCACGAUUGCUUCGUACUAUUCCC